AUGCCCGGACCAAGCUCUUCGCACAUAUUUGGCGAAAUCCAAGGAGCCCCCGUUGGCACACACUUCAUAGACCGUAAAGAAUUGGCACAAGCAGGCGUUCACGCAGGCAACCAGCAAGGCAUCUGGGGAUCCAGUGAAUUUGGUGCUUACUCUAUCGUGCUUAACGGAGGAUAUGUGGAUGAUGAUGAUAUGGGAGAGACUCUCAUAUAUACAGGCCAUGGUCAGGGUCGUGGAAAAGACGGAAAAGAACGCAGACACCCACGCUUCGAUGUUGGUCCUCAAGUAGGCGAUCAAGAAUGGGUGCGUGGCAAUGCCGCGAUGAGGGUAUCGGCCGAGACUGGCCGUCCAGUACGCGUCAUUCGCGGCCCUGAAGGGAACGAGGACUAUUCACCUAUCGAAGGGUAUCGUUAUGACGGCCUAUACAAAGUCGUCCGCGCAUGGCAAGAAAAAGGAAAAGCAGGAUUCCUGAUGUGUAAAUUCCUUCUCCAGCGUCUCCCCUCCCAACGUCCCCUGCCCCGACCAAACCGCCCCGCCAAAUGGUGGGACCCCCGUCCCUCCGAACUUGGGUUGUCUAGGGCACCAAUCACCUGGCCGGAGAAACGCCAGGUUAUGGAUGAGGAGAAGGAUGCGAAGAUGAGAGAAGAACAACAGGCAAACAAUCAAACUGCACCUGUUCAUCAUUGGGUCCCUUCGUCUAGUCGACAGCAGGAAACAACGUCAACGGUCCCUCCACGUAACGGCCUUUUGAAGAUCAGGGGCAGAUAUACAACCUUUGGCUCCAAGUAGUAUUUCACUCAUCUUUCACACUUUGUGUAUAUCUUGUUUUUCUGGCUCUCUAUCCCUCUCUAUCGAUUAUCUCUUCAUCUGU